AUGUUAUCUUCGUCUUAUGGAGACAUCGAAAACAGAGGAAACAGAGAGACUGAGAUUCUGAGGAUGAGAAAUAAGUGGGGCAACACAGUUUUGCAUGAGGCUAUGAGGAACCAUAAUCUCAGAAUGGCUGAGUUUUUUAUAAAGGUUGAUCUUGGGCUGGCCUAUUUCAAGAACAACACAGGUGAGUCGCAAUUGUAUCUGGCUGCUAGAGAUGGAGUGCCGGAAAUUGUGAAGUGCAUACUGAUGGCAGCUUGUUAUUCGGCUUAUGGCAGGUCAGAUGGCCAAACAGCUUUGAAUGCUACCAUCGUAGAGGGGUAUUUUGAUGUCAUGGAAGCCCUUGUUAGAGCGAAACCAGAACUAAUAAAAGAAACUGAUCAUCAUGGUAGAACCCCACUCCACUACGCAGCAUCUAUGGGAGACCACAGGACAGUUCAAAGAUUACUUCAACUUCACAUCGACAUAGUAUACAUUUCCAAUCAAGAUGGAGUGUCACCACUUCAUGUUGCGGCAUACAGAGGCCAUACCAACAUAAUCAAAGAGAUCAUCCAAUGUUGCUUGGAUUCUGGAGAACUGCUAGAUCUAAGAGGCCAAAACACUCUUCACUUUGCCGUCCUCAGUGGAAAAUCAAGUGUUAUUAGGUACAUUUUAGAAACAACAGAGCUAGAGGGGCUUAUAAACCAGGGAGCUAUUAUUGCCGAAGAAACCUAUUUAUACUACUUUUCUAGUGCCACUGUGCUCAUAUAUGUUGCACUGUUUUCAACUACUAUCGCCUUCAUAAUUGGAUUGAUUGUUAUUAUGCCCAAUCAACCGGGAAGUUUGUCAGUUCUUGAUUUUUCGCCUAUGUAG